CCUCUCCCAGCAGGCCCAGCUGGCCCGGGCACUGUACGAUAACACCGCCGAGUCCCCCCAGGAGCUGUCCUUCCGCCGAGGGGACGUCCUACGUGUACUGCAGAGGGAAGGCGCUGGCGGGCUGCACGGCUGGUGCCUCUGCUCCCUGCGUGGCCAGCGGGGCAUUGUGCCUGCCAACAGAGUGAAGCUCCUUCCCCCCGGCCCGGCACCCGAGCCUGGCCUCUCCCAGCCGCCGCCAGCCCAGCCUGGCUCACCACACCCAGCCCCAGAGCACGGCAAUGAGGACCAGGAGGUGUAUGUGGUGCCACCCCCAGCUCGGCCCUGUCCUACCUCGGGACCUCUGGCUGGACCCUGUCCGCCCUCCCCUGAUCCCAUCUACAAGGUCCCCAGAGGCAGUGGGACCCAACAGGCUGCCCCUGGAGAUGCCCUGGAGGUCUAUGACGUACCCCCCAGUGCCCUCCGAGUUCCCUCCAACGGCCCCUAUGACUCCCCGGCCUCCUUCUCCCGCCCUCUGGCCUGGGUUGUCCCCCAGUCCCCUGGAGAAGAUGAAGCUCCCUAUGACGUGCCUCUGGCCCCAAAGCCACAGUCAGACCUGGAGCCAGAUCUGGACUGGGAGGGGGGCCGGGAGCCAGGGCCCCCCCUCUACGCUGCCCCCUCCAACCUGAAACGAGCAUCCGCCCUGCUCAAUCUGUACGAAGCACCGGAGGAACUGCUGGCAGACGGGGAAAGCGGGGGCACUGACGAGGGCAUCUACGACGUCCCCCUGCUGGGGCCGGAGACACCCCCUUCUCCAGAGCCCCUGGCAGCCUCGGCUUCCAAUGACCUGGACGCCCUGGCCCUGCGUCUGGCCAGAAGCCCCCCACCCGCACACAGGCCCCGCUUGCCCUCAGCUGAGAGCCUGUCCCGCCGCCCUCUGCCGGCCCUGCCUGUCCCAGAGGCCCCCAGCCCUUCCCCGGCUCCCUCACCUGCUCCAGGCCGGAAGGGCAGCAUCCAGGACCGGCCUCUGCCCCCACCCCCACCCCGCCUGCCGGGCUACGGGGGCCCCAAGGUCGAGGGGGAUCCAGAGAUCGGAGAGGUGGAGGACCAUCAAGAAGGACACCACAAUGAGUAUGAGGGCAUCCCGAUGGCCGAGGAGUAUGACUACGUCCACCUGAAGGGCAUGGAUAAAGCUCAGGGAGCCAGGCCCCAGGAUAAGGCCUCCCCAGGGGAUCCUGAACUGCUGGAGAGGGGGCCACCAGAGCAGCAGGAGGCCCCGUCCCCAGGGGAGCCACUGGUUCUUCCCGCCGGAGAUCUACAGCUCCUGCACUUCUACGCCGGGCAGUGCCAGGGCCACUACUCAACACUGCAGGCAGCCGUGGCGGCCCUGAUGUCCAGCACCCGGGCCAACCAGCCCCCGCGCCUCUUCGUGCCCCACGGCAAGCAGGUCGGGACCCUCGGAGAUGCGGUGCCCACGGAGCAGCUGCAGGGUGAGCGGGAGCGCGAACGCGAGCGGGAGGGGGAGGGCGACGCGGGUGGCGACGGGAUGGGCAGCAGCCUGUCGCUGGCCGUGCCCCCCGGCCCCCUCAGCUUCGAGGCGCUGCUCGCCCAGGUGGGGGCGCUGGGCGGCGGCCAGCAGCUGCAGCUCGGCCUCUGCUGCCUGCCCGUACUCUUUGUGGCGCUGGGCAUGGCCUCGGACCCCAUCUUCACGCUGGCGCCCCCGCUGCAUUGCCACUACGGGGCCUUCGCCCCCAACGCCUCUGGCUGGGAGCAGCCCCCCAACGCCAGCGGCGUCAGCGUCGCCAGCGCCGCCCUAGCAGCCAGCGCCGCCAGCCGCAUCGCCGCCACCAGUACGGACCCCUCGUGCAGCGGCUUCGCCCCGCCGGACUUCAACCACUGCCUCAAGGACUGGGACUAUAACGGCCUCCCCGUCCUCACCACCAACGCCAUCGGCCAGUGGGAUCUGGUGUGUGACCUGGGCUGGCAGGUGAUCCUGGAGCAGAUCCUCUUCAUCUUGGGCUUUGCCUCUGGCUACCUGUUCCUGGGCUACCCGGCAGACAGGUUUGGCCGACGUGGGAUUGUGUUGCUGACCUUGGGACUGGUGGGCCCCUGUGGAGUGGGAGGGGCUGCUGCAGGCUCCUCCACUGGUGUCAUGGCCCUCCGAUUCCUCCUGGGCUUUCUGCUUGCCGGCGUUGACCUUGGUGUCUACCUGAUGCGCCUGGAGCUGUGUGACCCAACCCAGAGGCUUCGGGUGGCCCUGGCAGGGGAGUUGGUGGGGGUAGGGGGGCACUUCCUGUUCCUGGGCCUGGCCCUUGUCUCUAAGGACUGGCGAUUUCUGCAGCGAAUGAUCACCGCUCCCUGCAUCCUCUUCCUGUUUUAUGGCUGGCCUGGUCUGUUUCUGGAGUCCGCACGGUGGCUGAUAGUGAAGCGACAGAUUGAGGAGGCCCAGUCUGUGCUGAGGAUACUGGCUGAGCGGAACCGGCCCCAUGGGCAGAUGCUGGGAGAGGAGGCCCAGGAGGCCCUGCAGGACCUGGAGAACACCUGCCCUCUCCCUGCAACAUCCUCCUUUUCCUUCGCUUCCCUCCUCAACUACCGCAACAUCUGGAAAAAUCUACUUAUCCUGGGAUUCACCAACUUUAUUGCCCACGCCAUUCGCCACUGCUACCAGCCUGUGGGCGGAGGAGGGAGCCCGUCGGACUUCUACCUGUGCUCCUUGCUGGCCAGCGGCACAGCUGCCCUGGCCUGUGUCUUCCUGGGGGUCACCGUGGACCGAUUUGGCCGCCGGGGCAUCCUGCUUCUCUCGAUGACCCUCACUGGCAUUGCGUCCCUGGUCCUGCUGGGCCUGUGGGAUUAUCUGAACGAGGCCGCCAUCACCACCUUCUCCGUCCUUGGCCUCUUCUCCUCCCAAGCUGCUGGCAUCCUCAGCACCCUCCUUGCUGCUGAAGUCAUCCCUACCACUGUCCGGGGCCGAGGCCUGGGCCUGAUCAUGGCACUGGGGGCACUUGGCGGUCUGAGUGGCCCAGCCCAGCGCCUCCACAUGGGCCAUGGAGCUUUCCUGCAGCACGUGGUGCUGGCGGCCUGUGCUCUCCUCUGCAUCCUCAGCAUCAUGCUUCUGCCGGAGACCAAACGCAAGCUCCUGCCCGAGGUGCUCCGGGAUGGGGAGCUGUGCCGCCGGCCUUCCCUGCUGCGGCAGCCACCCCCUAACCGCUGUGACCACGUUCCACUGCUUGCCACCCCCAACCCUGCCCUCUGAGCGACCUUCGAGCACCCUGGCAGGAGGCUGGCCCAUACAGAAAGGUGGCACAAGGCCCUGGCAAGGAGAGCGGGAGGACUGAAUGAAGAAGGCAGGGCUGCCCUGAGGCCUCAGAGGCACCUCACGCCAGUCACGAUGGAGAGCUCAGAGGGCUGCCCUCAACCCCGUCUCCUCCUCGCUGCUUUGUGUUCACUUCCUUGGCAAGAGUCAGGGGACAGGGAGGGAGCUCCACACUGUAUCCACCAGGUCUGGGCUCCAUCCUAUGCCCAAAGACAUCCUCCCAGACCUCAUUCUUUCUUGCUCUAUCAUUCUGUUUCAAUAAAGACAUUUUGAAUAAA